CAGUGUUGUGUUUGUUAAAUUUAUGUUUACCAUUCAAUAAAUUUAUUAUACUAUGUCUGGUAAGCGAAUUAAAUUAAGUGGUGCAGCUUACCAAAAAGCAGCAAAAGAAAAAAAAGAAAAAUAACGAAGAACUACUUCAGAAAAUUCCAAAAGUUCAUUCUUUUUUCCCUACUAGAAUUGUAGGAAGUCCGGAAUUGAUCCCCACAGAAGAAUAUUCUCAAUCUAAAACGUGUUUACCAACUGAUAUUUCUAAAAUUGAAAUACCGUUGAAUACAACCGAUGAUACGAAAGUUAUUACGCAGCCACAUAGUCUACAGAGUUAUGGUUUACAAAAAAGAUGGUCUUAUCAAAGACCUGUGGCCAAAUAUUCGGUUAAUACAGUUGUCGGGUCUAUUCAUAACCGAAUAUUAUGACGAUUAUUCUGGAUUUUCUGUGUUGCUCCGAAAGAUUUAUAGCUGGGUCACAACUGUAAUAGUGUACUCGCAAUUCAUAUUUAUGGUGAUGUUCAUGGUUACCCAGUCUAAUGAUUCAGAUCAGUUGGCUGCUGGAGUGGUGACUACGUUGUUUUUCACCCAUUCGAUGAUCAAGUUUUUAUACUUCAGUACGGGUACCAAAUCUUUUUAUAGGACUUUGAGUUGUUGGAACAAUACCUCUCCACAUCCACUAUUUGCAGAAUCUCAUUCAAGGUUUCAUGCAAAAUCAUUAUCUCGAAUGCGUCAAUUGUUAAUUAUUGUGUCGGUAGUUACGAUUUUCACAACAAUUAGUUGGACAACGAUUACUUUCUUUGGCGAAAGCACGUGGAAGGUUCCAAAUCCUGAAACAUUUAAUGAAACAAUGUCGGUUCCAAUUCCUCGUUUAAUGUUGCAUUCUUGGUACCCAUGGGAUGCGAGUCAUGGAUUAGGUUAUAUAAUUGCUUUUAUCUUACAGUUUUAUUGGAUAUUCAUAACCCUUACUCACUCGAACUUAAUGGAAGUUUUGUUCUCGUCGUUUUUGGUGCAUGCGUGUGAACAACUUCAACAUUUAAAGGAGAUAUUGAACCCAUUGAUUGAGUUAAGUGCUACCCUCGACUCAGUAAUUCAUAAUCCAACCGAAAUAUUUCGUGCUACUUCAGCCAAGAAUCAAUCAGUUAAUGACCGCGAAUAUAAUGGGUCUUACGUGAACGAAAUAACUGAAUAUGGUACAAAAGAAGAAACCGAACUAAACGGAAAAGGACCAAAUAACUUAUCUACCAAUCAAGAAGUACUUGUUAGAUCAGCAAUUAAAUACUGGGUUGAACGACAUAAACAUGUAGUCAAAUAUGUGAGUUUAAUUACCGAUUGCUAUGGUGUAGCACUUUUGUUUCACAUGUUAGUCAGCACGGUCAUUUUAACCAUUCUCGCAUACCAAGCAACCAAGAUCAAUGGAGUUAACGUAUUUGCGUUUUCGACCAUUGGAUAUUUAUUGUAUUCGUUCGCUCAAAUAUUUAUGUUUUGCAUACACGGCAAUGAACUUAUUGAAGAAAGUUCAUCUGUGAUGGAAGCGGCUUACAGUUGUCACUGGUACGAUGGGUCCGAAGAAGCUAAAACAUUUGUUCAAAUUGUUUGUCAACAAUGUCAAAAGCCUUUAAUUGUGUCUGGGGCGAAAUUUUUCAAUGUCUCAUUAGAUUUAUUUGCCUCGGUUCUUGGUGCUGUAGUAACAUACUUCAUGGUGUUGGUGCAACUUAAAUAAAACAGUUCAAUGAAAAAUACUAUGAUAAUUUUAGUGAAUUUCACUUGUACUUGUAUUGUUUAAAAUCUGGGCUUAUUAUGUUACCAUAGAUAUUAAUUUUAUUU